AUGGCGAGCCCUCCUCGACGGCACCACUUCCUGAUCGUGACCGACCCGAUGCUAAGCCACGUCAACUCGGCGCGGCGCCUCGCCGCGCGCGUCGCGGCGGCGAUGCCGAACGCGCGCGUCACGUUCUCGACCGCCGUCUCCGGUCACCGCGUCAUGUUCCCGCACCUCAAGUUCCCGGACGGCGAGGUCCUCCAAGGACUCGUCUCGUACGUCCCUUACUCCGACGGCUUCGACGGCGGGUUCAACCCGGAGGCGCACGGCGCGGACGCGUACUGCCCCCGCGCGCGCGCCGUCGGGUCCGAGACGCUGUCCGCCGUCGUCGCCCGCCUCGCCGGCCGCGGCCGCCCCGUGACGCGGGUGGUGUACACCGCGCUGGUGGGGUGGGUCCCCGACGUCGCGCGCGCGCACGGAGUCCCCGCGGCGCUGUACUGGGCCAAGCCGGCCACCGCGUUCGCCGUGUACCACCACUACUUCCACGGACACGCCGCCGAGCUCCUCGCCGCCUGCACGAGUGACCCGGGCCUCGACGCCGCCGUCCUCCUGCCGGGCCUCCCUCCUCUUAAGCGCGACGCGCUCCCGUCCUUCGCGUCGAUGGUCUCGCCGGGGAAGCGCCACUACCUGACGCUCGGCAUGCUGCGUGACCUCUUCUCGGCGCUCGACGAGCACGGAUCGAUGGUGCUCGUGGACACGUUCGACGCGCUGGAGCCCGACGCCCUCCGCGCGGUGCCGCAGCUAGACCUCGUCGCCGUCGGCCCUGUCACGGCGGAGGAGCCGCGCAGGCGGGGCGUGGAGCUUCUCCUCCCCUGCGACGCGAAGGCGUGCAUGGAGUGGCUGGAUACGAAACCCCCGCGGUCGGUGGUGUACGCGUCGUUCGGAAGCAUCCUCUCCGUGAGCAAGCGGCAGGAGGAAGAGAUGAGGCGCGGCCUCGACGCCACCGGCCGGCCGUACCUGUGGGUGGCGCGCAGGACCACCAACGGCGCCGGCGGCGAGCGGGGGAUGGUGGUGGAGUGGUGCGACCAGCGGAGGGUGCUGUCCCACCCUGCCGUGGGGUGCUUCGUGACGCACUGCCGGUGGGACUCCACCCUGGAGAGCCUCGCCGGCGGCGUGCCUAUGGUGGCCGUGCCUCGGUGGGCCGACCAGACGACGGUGGCGGCGCUGGUGGAGGAAUAUGCAGGGGUCGGCGUCCGCGCCAGGGUGGACGGCGAGGGGGUGGUGUCGAGGGGCGAACUCCAGAGUUGCCUGGAGGUGGUGAUGGGAGGCGCGGCGGCGAUCAGGGAACGGGCAGAGCGCUGGGCGCACCUCGCGAAGGCGGCGGUCUCCCCCGGCGGGACGUCGGAGAGGAGACUCCGAGCGUUUGCGUCCGAGGCGUGAACGUGACCGGCAAUGAAAUGCCACGUUGGGCAAGUGACUGGCAUGCAGGGUGCGUGGGAUCACAAUGAUGAAGUGAACAUAGAGCCCUCGUCUUUUCUUUUCCCUUAAA